GCACACGAAACCUUGCCGUGCGGGCUGCUGGCUCUAGGCUAGCUAGCUGCAUGCCCCUGCCCGGCCCUUUAAGUACCGGAGGACGGAGCUAGCAGCAUUGGGAUCGAUCGAGGAGCAAUAUCAGUACAACCUGCAGUGCAGGUGAUAAAAAGAUCGAUAAUGGCGUUGUUGCUGUCGUCGCUGGAGGCUUUGGGGCGGAGGAGGAACGUGGCCGGUCCGCUGCUGCUGCUCAACCUCGCCCUCUACGUCUCCAUGUUGGGGUUCGCGAGCUGGGCGCUCAACACCUUCGUCGACCACGACAUAGCCGGCGCCGACCACGAAAAGGAAUACUACCCACCUGCAGGAGCGGCGCCGCGCAGCGCCGGCGACGAGGCGACGCUCCACUUCAUCCAGUUCGCGCUGCUGGCCGCCGUGCUAGGAACCGCAGCCAAGGCCGCGGCGGCGUUCCACGCGCGCGCGUCGUGGCGCCCGCAGGGCCUCGCGGCCGCCGCGGCCCUGGCCACCGUCGCGUGGGCGGCCACCGCGCUCGCGCUCGGUCUCGCGUGCAAGGAGAUGCGGGCCGCCGCGGCGGCGCGCGGGUGGCGGAUGCGCGCGCUCGAGGCGCUCACCGCGACGCUGGCCGUCACGCAGCUCGCGUACGUGCUCAUGCUGCACCGCGCCGCCGCCGACUCCGACUCCGACGUCGACGCCGACACCCACGCCUACGCUGCCGCUGGCGACGACCAGUGCGAGCCUGGCUGCUCCACCGCUACCGAGGGCGACGACGUCGACUGCCAGGACCAGGACGCGCAGCAGCAGCAACAUGGCCGCCACCACCACCACCACCACAGGCAGGGCGGCGGCGGGCCCUCGUGCAAUGUCAUGUGAACUAGCUUACCAUGCUUGGUGUUGUCACUCUCUUGUCUUGUCAUUUUCCGUGCUCGUGUUUCGUCGCGUGGAAAAUAAGCAAUUUAAAGCUCAGUUUCCUGUCUCAUAUAUGUUCCUUUCCUGUCUGUCAGUAUGUGUAUGUGUUCGUGCCUGUCAGCAUGUGUAUGUGUUUGUGCUGUGUAUUGUGAUGUCCAUUUGCUGCCACGCAUGUUCCCCUUGUGCAUGGCAGUUGAUGUCAAAUUAAUAAAAGGACUUGUUUAUCAAAA